GACGCUGCCCAGUGCGCAUACUCGUGCCGGCGUCCGAGCUGCGCAAGCGCGUCGCUGGUGGAUCGGCGGAGCGGGGAUGCGGUGUGGAUGGCGUCCGAUGUCGGGAGUGGCUUAAUGUUCUGAUUCUAGUGGUUUUGAUUUUACCUUGAUACUGGAAAAAUGUUGGAAGGCUUGGAUAUCCAGCGUACUUUGUUGGCUGUGGAGCGGUUACAGGCCAAACUACGAGAAAAAGGAGAUGCAGCAAAUGAAGAGAAAUUAACCUUAUUGAGAUCUGUGCUGCAGAGCCCACUCUUCAACCAGAUCUUGAAUCUACAGAGCUCUGUGCAACAGUUGAAAGAUCAGAUGAAUAUCGCACCAUCUUCUGUACAUUCAAACAUUGAUCUUUCUCAAGCAACUGGUUCACCUGUCUCUUUGGCUUCUUCCCCAUUGAAUGAAUCGUACAUGAUUGCUCAACAGAAUGGAAAUAAAGAAACUGAACAGGAACUUUCAGUACAGCCUGACUCUCCUUAUGUUAAUGGCAGGCGGUCCAGUGAAGAAUUCGAGCAGAUUUUGAGAAAAAUGUCUCAUGGCCGUCCAAUUGAAUACAUAAAUCUAGUGAAACCUCCCAGUGGUGGUUUGGGAUUUAGUGUAGUAGGACUUAAGAGUGAAAAUAAAGGAGAACUGGGGAUCUUUGUACAGGAAAUCCAAGAUGGCAGUGUAUCUGCAAGAGAUGGUAAACUAAAGGAAGCAGACCAAAUCCUUGCCAUCAAUGGACAGGCUCUAGAUCAGAGCGUCACCCAUCAACAAGCUAUUGGCAUCCUGCAGAAAGCCACUGAUCAAGUUCAGUUGGUGAUUGCCAGGGGAGCAAUUUCACAUUUAUCCAGUCCAGUGAUUUCACGUACCCCAUCAGAUGCAAGUACGCUCUCAGCGCAUUCAUCUACAGUCUAUUGGCAGUUUGUUGAAAGUGUAGAGUUGGUUAAUGACGGCUCUGGUUUAGGAUUUGGAAUAGUAGGUGGAAGAACAACUGGUGUUGUUGUGAAGACCAUUUUGCCUGGUGGAGUUGCUGAUCGGGAUGGACGACUUCAAAGUGGGGAUCAUAUUCUCAAGAUAGGUGAAACAGACCUGUUCGGAAUGGGUAGUGAGCAAGUGGCUCAGGUUCUGAGACAGUGUGGAAAUCGAGUCAAGUUGGUAAUUGCAAGAGGAGCUGUGGAAGAUCCCUUGGCUGCUGCCCCUCAUGGACUUCCUGCAUUACCAACUGUACCGCCGGUAGCAGAAGAGCCUGAACCAGCUUUCUCCCAGAAUGUUGAAGGGGAAGUAUUUGAUGUGGAACUUACAAAAGAUGUUCAUGGACUAGGCAUAACCAUUGCUGGUUAUGUUGGAGACAAGAAUCAAGAGCCUUCUGGCAUCUUUGUGAAAAGCAUCACUCAAGGAAGUGCAGUUGAGCAGGAUGGAAGAAUACAUGUUGGGGACCAGAUAAUAGCCGUGGAUGGAACAAACAUUCAAGGUUUCACUAACCAGCAAGCUGUGGAGAUGUUGCGACAUACAAGUCAAAUUGUGCAUCUAAUUUUAAUGAGGAGGGAACACAAACCAGAAGCUUUGAUACAGUCUGAGUGUCAAAGUGAAGUGAAACCUGAGAGGAAUGAAGAUGCCCUCACAAUAGAUGACAAACCUUCCAGAACUUUGGAUGAAGUGGAUGAAAAGUCAUCAAUACAAGACAACAGGACUUCAAGUGCUACCCCAAUAAAUGAACAAAAAAUUGAAACUGAAUCUGAAGAGAUUCAGCUCAAUUCGUCAGAAGAAAGCAUUUGUGUUAAAUGGCAGGAGAUUCUUGGAGCUAACUAUGAAAUUGUGGUGACACAAGUAACAAAGUUCAGUGAAAGUAGUGGUCUGGGCAUCAGUUUGGAAGCCACAGUUGGGCAUCAUUAUAUUCGUUCCAUUCUCCCUGAAGGCCCUGUGGGGCGAAAUGGAAAGCUAUUUAGUGGAGAUGAGCUGUUAGAGGUUAAUGGAAUACCACUACUAGGUAAGAAUCACAAAGAUGUUGUGAGUAUUCUAAAGGACCUGCCUAUCAAUGUCACCAUGGUCUGCUGCCACCCAGUCCUGGAGGUCAAAAAUGAAACUGAUAUUGAUGACAUGAUUUCCAUAGAAGAACCCCUUCAAGCAAGUGAAGAGGUGUUAGAAUUUCUUCCUUCAUCAGUACCUGUGGAUUGGAACAGAGAUCAAGGGGAAGCAGUCAGUGACAAAGGAUUUUUGCAGAUGCAUGUUGAUAAUGAAUUCACAGCAACCUCUGAGACAGAGAACAGUGCUGUGGUUGACCUGGACAGUGAGCAAAGUUGUGUGGAUGUGCAAGGAUCUCACCUGGCUAUGUGGGAAGAUGAAAUCCAAAACAUAGAAUUAGAAAAAGGUAGUUCUGGGCUUGGUUUCAGCAUUUUGGAUUAUCAGGAUCCAGUUGACCCGCUUAGGACAGUCAUUGUAAUUCGGUCAUUAGUACCAAAUGGUGUGGCUGAGCAAGAUGGUAGACUUCUUCCAGGGGACCGACUCAUGUUUGUCAACAGUAUUAAUCUGGAGAAUGCAACUCUUGACGAAGCUGUUCAGGCGCUGAAAGGUGCAUCAGGAGGCAAAGUUAGAAUUGGUGUAGCCAAGCCUUUGCCGCAGUUUUCUCCAGAGGAGGGGGAUGUGCCUACCAAUGAAGAAUCUGUGCUGUCCUUUUAUCAGCCUGGUGAUGGUGAUGAGGAGGAGGCUGGCGAUGCUGCUGUUUUUCAUGCAGAAUUAGCAAUGGUAGAAGCAACUGAAAGUGACUUUGCUGAUGAAAAGAUAUUUGAGAGUGAGGAUCUUCAUCAGGUCUCCACUGUGGCAAUGCAUGGCAGUGCAUGCAGUGAAGAUCUCUCAAUUCCAUCAUCAUUUUGCAAGGAUGUAUAUGAAAACUCAUUGGGUGAUUGUAGUGUAUCCUCAGCUGAAGAGAAUGAAGAGCGACGGAUGUCCUUUGCCAGAAGAUUUGUGAAAACAAUUUCCAUUGCAAAAGGCAAUGCUAGUCUUGGGAUGACUGUGAGUUCCAGUAAGGAUGGCUCAGGAAUGAUGGUGCGUAGCAUUAUUCAUGGCGGAUCCAUUAGCCAUGAUGGCCGAAUUGGGGUAGGUGAUUGCAUCUUAGCAAUGAAUGGGGAGCCAACUACAGAUCUUACCAAUGCACAGUCUCGUGCAUUGUUACGAAGACAUUCUCUGAUUGGACCAGAUAUAAUAUCUCCAUGUGCAUCUGGCGAUGAUCAGUCCUCAUUUUAUGUUGUCACAUAUGUGUCUGCGGAAGAUCUGGUCAAAUACAAGACAAUAAUGAAUCAACAACUUGAGGAAAUUACUGAGGUUGAUGAUUUAUCACUUCCACCUGUCAGUGCUGAUCUGCCUGAGAGAGAGGAAGGUGAAGGAGAAGAAAGUGAGUUACAGAAUUCAUCAUAUAAUAACUGGAAACAAGCUCGUCGUGUGGAGCUAUGGCGUGAACCUGGAAAGUCCUUAGGAAUUAGCAUUGUUGGUGGAAGGGGAAUGGGUAGUCGUCUGAGUAAUGGUGAGGUCAUGAGAGGAAUAUUCAUUAAACAUAUUCUGGAGGACAGCCCAGCUGGAAGAAAUGGAACAUUAAAAACUGGAGACAGAAUUGUUGAGGUAGAUGCAGUUGACUUGCGUGAUGCAAGUCAUGAACAGGCAGUUGAAGCUAUUCGGAAAGCAGGCAAUCCUGUGGUGUUUUUGGUGCAGAGUUUAAUAACCAGACCUCGGAAACAGCCUUUGUUUUUCCUGCAAUCUAACCCUUUGCCUGAAUCAAGCAACAAGAGUGGCAGUACUAACACAUUUGCUGACUCUUUUCAGACCCGCAUUAGACAGGUUUCUGCAUAUCAAGCUAGGACUUUUCCACGCCCUUUCCCAACUAACUCAUUUGCAAUCAAUCCAUUUAAGGCAUCCAGCCAACCAGAUACAGAGACUGAAAUAACGUCGGGACUCACAGGUUUACAGUCAUCACCAUCUGAAUCCAUUGAAAAAGAGAACAGCAAUGUUGCAGCAUUACCAGCGAACAGUAGUGUCAACUCAGAAGAUGAAUUGGAAGAAGAUGAUGAAUUUGGUUACAGCUGGAGGAAGAUCAAACAACGCUAUGGAAGCCUGAUGGGUGAACUCCAUAUGAUUGAACUGGAGAAGGGGAAGAGUGGCCUGGGUCUCAGUCUUGCUGGCAACAAGGACCGAUCCCGAAUGAGUGUCUUUGUUGUCGGCAUUGAUGCAAAUGGAGCAGCUGGCAAAGACGGCAGGUUGCAGAUCGCAGAUGAAUUGCUGGAGAUAAAUGGGCAGCUACUGUACGGACGUAGUCAUCAGAAUGCUUCUUCAAUAAUCAAAAGUGCACCUUCAAAAGUCAAAAUUAUUUUUAUCAGAAGCACAGAUGCAGUCAGUCAAAUGGCAGUCGGUCCUGUAAAAUCGCCUGACUUCAUGUCCACUCCAGGAAGCCAACAGGAGAAAGAUCAGAAUACAUCUCAGUUGCAAGCUGGAAAAUGUCAAACUUCAUUUAAGAAUACUGAGGAUGUCCUGCUUACCAAGGAUCAAAGUGGACUAGGAAUUGCAAUUAGUGAAGAGAGUACCAAUGAUGGAGUGGUUAUCAAGAAUCUAACAGAAAAUGGAACAGCAUCAAAGGAUGGAAGAGUUAAAGUUGGGGAUCGAAUCUUGGCUGUGGAUGAUGAACCUGUUGCAGGUCAUCCAAUAGAAAAGCUCUUGACUGGUCCAAACCAGUUAAACUAUCAACCCAGACACCUGAGUCCGACAAGAUUACAGAUUGCUCCUUCGGUUAUUAGCUUGCUGAAGCAAUCAAAGAACACUGUUAAACUAACCAUCAGUUCAGAUGAUAUGAAUUUAGAACAAUCUCAGAUGCCGCCUGCCAUCAAUUCUUCAGUAGAUUUCAAAAGCAUUCAGCCUUCUUCCAUGCAUGGUAUUGCUACCUCACCUGAUCUAGAUCCCAACAAUAAAGAUCCAAGCAGAUCUUCAACAGCUGGUUCAUCAACAUUGGACAUGGCUUCUUGUCCGAUUAUUCCUGGACGAGAAACAACCAUUGAAAUUUCCAAGGGACGCACUGGACUUGGACUUAGUAUUGUUGGAGGAGCAGACACCUUACUGGGUGCCAUAAUUAUUCAUGAAGUGUAUGAAGAAGGAGCUGCAGCUAAAGAUGGCAGAUUGUGGGCUGGGGAUCAAAUACUGGAGGUUAAUGGAAUAGAUUUGAGAGUUGCCACUCAUGAUGAAGCAAUAAAUGUUCUAAGACAAACUCCACAGAAAGUCCGCCUGACAGUCUACAGAGAUGAAGGCCAUUAUAAGGAGGAAGAUAUAUAUGACUUGCUCACUGUUGAAUUGCAAAAAAGACCAGGGAAAGGGCUUGGACUGAGUAUUGUCGGAAAAAGGAAUGAUACUGGUGUUUUUGUAUCUGACAUCGUGAAGGGAGGAAUAGUAGAUCUGGAUGGAAAACUGGUGCAAGGAGACCAAAUACUGUCUGUGAAUGGGGAAGAUGUUCGAAACUCAACCCAGGAAUCCGUUGCUGCUAUGCUGAAGGUCCUUACUAAUUUUCAGAUUUCUAAACCAAUUAAACUCCAACGUGGAACCAGACGAGGAUGUCCGCUCAGUCCAUUGCUUUUUGAUUUGAUUUUAGUACCUGUAGCAAUUGCCUUUUGAGAGUCUAAAGGUAUCACCGGUACCCUAAGGAAAGAUAUACCUCCUUAUUGUGACCGAUGUAAUAAUGGAGAGGCUUCAUUAAUUCAUAUGCUUUGAUCAUGUUCAAGUCUUGAAAAAUAUUGGAAAGAUGUAUUCCAAACUUUUUCUGUACUUUUUAAAGUUAAUUUUAAGCUCAAUCCUUUGACUGCCUUGUUUGGUAUUGUUGAGGAAAGUGCUAUAAUUUUGGAGCCUUCUCAUUUGUGGGUACUGGCUUUUAUUUUUCUUAUGGCUAGAAAGGCGAUCUUGCUUAAAUGGAAGGUGGUUGUCCCUCCCUAUACAUGCUAAAUGGUUAUGCGAUGUUAUGUCAUGUUUAAAUUUAGAGAAGAUUCGUUGUUCGAUUUCUGAUUCUAACCAAGAUUUUCAAACACUAUUAGGGCCCUUUCUGAACUAUUUUAAAUAUCUUUGAGAUGUUAUUAUUAUUAUUGAAAUAUAGAUCUGGGCUAUUAUUAUAAAACACUAUAUGGUAAAGUACUCUUUUUUUUCUCUUUUUUAACCAGCUUUGUCUUGGUAGCGGGUGUAGAUUUUUUUUACAAUAUAAUUAACCAUCUUAUUCUAUUUUGUAAUUCAAUUUAUUUUAUUUGAUUGAUCAUGAAUAUGGGAUACCAUGAUUGUAUCAGUGUGAUUUAUAUAUAGUGCAUUUUGUGCUAUCUUAUUUUGACUUAUAAUAAGUAUCCUUAUGAAUUCUAUAUUUGUAUGUAUGAAAUUUAAUUAAAAAUAUUGGAAAGAAAGAAAAAAAGAAAGGUGGCAUCCUGGGUUUUUUUGGGCCUUGAACAAACCUCAAUAAUCAGUUAAUUGAUCUGCAAGGCCAGGCAGAAGAAAGGUGACUUUACAGUCAGCUGGUUAGACCUAGCCACUGCCUAUGGAUCAAUUCCACAUGUCCUCAUCCUGGACCACUACCAUAUCCCAUCGUGGCUAUCCUUCAAGGUCGAGGAUGAUGGUCAUCGUUCCGUUGAACCCCACACAGCAAAGGUGCCUGUCCGUGUAUUGGUUUAACGUGUACUUGAUGUUGCACUCGAAGAAGCACACGAUACUUCACAAAUCAACCAACUGAUUCCAAUAACAUGGAAACCACGAUGAUUGGAGCUGAUGGAUUUGCUGCAGCCUUCAUCCACCUUCACAGCUGUUGAGUUCGAAGUAACUUUUUCUGCCUGUUCCACCGAUGAGGACUUGGUUGGAUUGUUCUUUGUCAAGUCAAGUCAACUUUUAUUGUCAUUUCAACCAUAACUGCUGGUACAGUGCAUAGUAAUAAUGAGACAACGUUUUUCAGGAUCAUGGUUUACAUGACACAGUAAAAAAACUAGAUUGAACUACGUAAUAAUAAAAAAAACAGAGAAAGCUAUACUAGACUACAGACCUACACUGGACUGCAUAAAGUACACAAAAACAGUGCAGGCAUUACAAUAAUAAUUAUUAUUAUUACAAUAAUAAGGGACCUCACCCUCGAUCUUUCUGCCAUGGGUGACCCUACCAGGAGCAUAGUUCCAGGUGGCAUUGAUCUCAGGAUGACACAAGCUUCUCCACCACAACAAGGUGACAAUCCAUGGAGAAGACCAUAUCCCACCAGUAACAUGAGACAUUAUCACCGGCUACCUAGGAGGAUCCAAGCUACACUUCACUUCAGCCCUCUUUACAACCAAGUGGCAAGGAAAAAUUCCAAAAAUGAAUUCCAGCUGGCUGCACCAUCUUCCCCCCCUCUUGUUUUUCAUGGGUAUGAAUCUUCUCAUAUCAGCAGUAGCCAAGGCCCAGUUUUGGAGCUCGGGAUCUGACAUCCUGCAAUACGGGGAGUUUAUGGAUGACGUCAUAGUAACCACUGUAACUGGAAACAAGCAAGAUGGUUGUUGGAAACCCUGGGCUAGGAUGGCCUUCAAGCCCAGGAACUCCAGAUACAUGGUGAUCAAAAAGGGCAAGGUUACUAUGUUUCUAUGUUUACUAGCAAGUUCAGUCUUCAAGUACAGGGAGAAGUCAUUCCAUCCAUGGAGGACAGCCCAGUAAAGUGUCUUGGAAAUUGGUUUAAUGCAGCAAUGACAGACAGCACCUGCAUCACCGACACUGUAAAGCAGACUGAAGAGCUGCUGAAGAAUAUCAGCAAAACUAACUCUUUGGUAAAUUUAGGACAUGGUUGUAGCACAUGGACUUCUAUCAAGGCUACUCUGGUUGUUCCCAGUGUAUGAGAUCCCCAUGAUCAUUGUAGAAGGCAUUAAGAGAAAAGUUAACAAGCACCUGUGGAGAUGGGCUGGGGAUUCCCCCCCCCCCCCCACAAGUUU